ACGAGUGCGAGAAGCGAGGGAACGAAAUAGGAAAAGGAGGGGUUUUUGUGAUUGAAUUGGGGAUUUAGGGAUUGUGUACAGUGGAAUGAAUUUGAAGAUGGAUUCUGAUAGAGCGAAGCUGUUUGUAGGGGGCAUUUCACGGGACACCACCGAAGAUAUUCUCAAACUCCACUUUGCCAAGUACGGUGUCGUUUUGGAUUCCACGAUUUCUGUAGACCGGAGCACCCGAAGCCCUAGGGGUUUUGGCUUCGUCACCUUCUCUGAUCUGUCCGCAGCUGAUAAAGCACUUCAAGACACGCACGUCAUUCUCGGAAGAACGGUAGAAGUGAAAAAAGCUAUACCCAGAAGUGAACAACAGCAACACCAAAACCAAUUACAGAAUAGAGGGGGUGGUAAUUAUAGUAGUAAUGACUGUAGCAGUGACCACGUUAGGACUAAAAAGAUUUUUGUAGGAGGUUUACCUGCUGGUAUAUCUGAGGAGGAGUUUAAGAAAUACUUUGAGAGGUUUGGUCGAAUAACAGAUGUAGUGGUGAUGCAGGACAGUGUGACUCACCGGCCAAGGGGGUUUGGGUUCAUAACAUUUGAUUCUGAAGAAUCUGUUCAAAACGUUAUGGUGAAAAGUUUUCAUGACUUGAAUGGUAGACAGGUGGAGGUCAAGAGGGCUGUUCCAAAAGAGGGGAACCAUGGGUAUGACGGGUUUAAUAAAUUAAGAUAUAGGAGUGAAAGAGGGACUGCUAAAAAUUUUCCUCCUUAUAGUCCUAGGAAUGUGCUCCCGGGUUUUGCUCCUUCACCAUGGUAUAGUAGUGACGGAGUGUACGCAUAUGGAUCAAACACCUAUGGUUGCUGGUAUCCUAUUGGUGGGUAUGGGGGGAGUGGAUAUGCAGUUCCGUCUGAUGCUUCUAGGAACUUCUGGUAUGGGCCUAUGAUAACUGGUCCUCAGGCAUGUCAGGUGCCUUAUCCUAAUGCUAUGCCGGGUGUUGCGUAUGUGGGUGGUAGGAUUGGAAUAGUAGGUAAUGGUGCUGGAUCUUGGGGGUACAAUGGCAUUCUUGGGUCUGCAACAAAUUUGAAAAUUGAUCAACCUUUUAAUGCCAAUGGACUUGUUCCAGGCAAUGUUACAUCACCUCAUGGUGUAAAGCAGGACGUUGACUCUUCAAGUUUGAAAGGGAGCAAUGGCGAAAUUUCUAGUUAACAAACUAAAAGGGUCGUUGGGCCUUAAUUCAUGUAGGUAAAUACUUACUGACUGCUUCAGGGCUUUGGAAGGUUGGCAUAUUCUUUGCUAGAUGUUGUAAGAGCUAGUCUCUUGUUCUUAUCAGUUUUAAUUUGUGAAGCUACCUUUUCAUGUGUCAUAAAUAUGUAGUUUAGCAACUUGUCAUGUUUAGAUAUGGAGUUUUAUUGGUAGAGGUUUCAUGCAUCUGUAAAAUAAUUUCAUGCAAAUCCUUUUCUCUUCAUUCUUUUUUUAAUCCUUUUCACUGUAGGUGCCAUGUGGUUUGUUUGUUUUGGUGCUGUUCCCCUUCCACUAUCAUGUUAAUGGUUAUUACACCGUUAAAGAUUGGAUUGAUAUAUUUGCUGUACUGAUCAUUAAAUUUAAAAAGAAUCAAACUACAGAAAAAGUUUCCCUUUGACAUUAUAGAACUCAUUAUCCUUAUAGAAAUGGUAAAUGAGCCGUGUUUCAUAAAAAAAAAAAGAGAAAAAAAAAUUAUGCUAUGGACUUCUUGAGUUGAUUGUAUUCCUUUUUUCAUGCAUAAUUAAUGACUAGGCUGACUAGAUUCUUGGAUUUCAGUCGUGUGGCAAUAUUAGUUUCAAGUUUAUAUUAUUACAAAUCAAUUGCAUAUAAUGUAUAUUGCCAGCUUAUUGGAACUAUCUUUUGUUGUUAAAUUUGAGUUUAUACAACAUUAGAUUUGGAUAAUGGAUCAAGGGACGUCCAAAUUCUGAGGAAAAGUGGGUGAAGUUAUAUAUUUUUU